AUGAACUCAAUUGAUAAUGAUGAAAUGAAAUCAACUGUUUUGAUUUCUACUGAUCAGAUUCAGCAACAACAAGAACCAAUAAUCAUUGAUCUUGAAAACGAAUCCACGUCAACAUCUCCAUUUAUAUCUUCGUCAAUUCUUGUCAAUGACAAUUGUAUUAAAAAAACGAAUCAAAUUAUACAUGUUGCAUCAUCGGAACCAUCAUCUUCGAAGCAAAUAAAUAAUCAUCGUACAAUGGGAUAUUUAUCUCGAUGGGAAAAAGAACCUGAAACAUAUUAUCGAACUAUGAUUUUGAAUUCAUCAGGUGAAUUACAGGAAAGCCGUCAAUGUUGGCUUCGAAAAAAACAAGAUGAAAAUGGAAAAAUUACAAUUGGUUGUUUUCUUUGUAACAAAUACCAAAUGAUAAAGAAUGCGAAUGGAAAAAUAAAUCCAUGGGCAACGUAUGAUUAUUCAGUGUUAGCAUUAAAUAAAAUUAAAGAACAUGGAUUAUAUAAUGAAAAACAUAUUGAAGCUCAAGAACUUGAAUUAAAUAGUAAAUCUAAAAUUCAGCCUGAUUGGAAAACAACUCAAUCGAUGAUCUACACAAAACAUCAACAAUCUAUUCAAAACCUAAUGUUUACUGCUAUUUUUAUUUGUCAACAAUAUCAUCCACUUAAUAGUUUUGAACCACUAUGUAAUCUUCAAGAAAAGAAUGGAGUAAAUCUACUUCCUGCAGAAGUAUCUGGUAUUAAUUACAGAAAUGAUUGUGCUGCUUUGUGUUUUCUUCAAUAUACUGCUCGAAUUUUACAUCAAGAAUUAGUUGAAAAAUUGAAUCAAAGUCCAAUACUAGGUGAAUAUUUUGUUUUCUCUUGA